AUGAAGGAUAAGAUCUCCAUUGUAAUCCCAACUGUUAACUUGACCAGCUUGGCCAACAACAAUAACAACAACAACCACAACCACAACAAUACAUCCACACCAACAACACCAACUUCCAGCUCACCAACGGCAAGCGGACAUAGCAAGCCAAACCAAUCACAUUUUGAAUACGAUGGCUGCCAGCUGUGCGUCAAUGGCACACCCUGCUGUCUGCAGAAGCGUCGUGCAACCUGGACACUAAAGCUGCGCGUGGCCCUUUACUGCCUCAGCGUGCUCCACCCCGAGAAGAAGUACUUCAACCUCAAGAAGGACAUCUACACCUACGUCGAUAGCCACUGGGACCUUCUCUCUGUCAACACCGCCAAGUCGGACCGCUGGAGAAAGCAGGUACAGGAUUCGCUGAGCCAUUGCCGCCACUUUGAAUCCGGCUGGGAUGCCAUGGGCUGUAACGGUCACUGGCGUUUGAUCCAGCCACUCAACCCAUGGACCUUCCCACCAGAGCGUGAGGCAAUCAUCGAUGAGGAGGAGACCACCAUCAUGUCGUCCGAGGCCGCCCUGUCGCCACGCGCCAUGCCAGCCAAGAGCCCUCGCGAGGACCCCCUGUACAGGAACUUCCCCAAGCGUAAGGACUCGCUGGACGAGAGUGAGUGCCGCAAGAGAAAGGUCACCGACAUGGAGAUGUACAACAACUCCAGUCUGGAGGAGGACCUGCUCAACCUCAAGUACUCGCCAAUGAUAUUCUCGUCAUCGUCCGAGACGCCAUCGCCAAAGUGUCGCACGCCAAACAAGUUCACCACCAGCCCAUCAAUCGUUGGCAACAGUCCAAUGAUGACAUCAACCAACAGCGCCUUCUUCUCGCUGUCCAACUUCAACAACAACCUCAAUCUAAACACAUCGGCCAACGGUGUUAACCACAACCACAGCAUGGUCGGACAGACACCUACGAUGGUGGCCACUGCCCAGCUCGCCAAUCCAAGCAUCACGGUGCUGGACUUUGAUUCACAACACACGUCACCCGUGUCCAGUCCCAUUAUGUACAGCGAACAGCUGUCCAUGACCAUGCUGACGACCAACCCACCAAUCCCUGCCCUGCCCUUUUCAUGGAAGAGCAACUCGACCUCAUCCUCACCAUACGCACAAUCAUCCCCGGUCAAGCAGCCACAGCAGGCUCAGCAACAGGUUCCAUCUGCCGCUGCCGCCUCUGCCGCUGCCGCCGCCGCCACUGUCGACGUCCCAGAGAAGUUCACCACGCUGCCAAAUCCAUUUGCCGCACCACCCUCUCCCAAGUUCUCGACGCCAUCGCCCAACUUCUUCACACUGGGGGCCACCACUGGCCACAUCAAGCAUCCCAAGCCACUGUCUCUGGCUACCGCACCAAUAAUGCCAGGACCAAUCUCCAAGAUUGAACAACAAAACCUGAUAUUGAACUGUACAUUUUAA